AUGAGCAUUGUGGAUGUCCCUCCAGAAAUCCUGUGUCUCAUCUUCGAACACUGUAUACCACUCGAAUCGCAUCGCGUCCUUCCCUCGGAGGCACCGCUGUUAUUGGCCCAAAUAUCGCGUCGUUGGAGAGAGAUUUGUUUUGGUAUGCCACAACUGUGGACAAACGUCGUCUUCAGCGAAAACGGGUCCAUAGAGCUCUUCAAACUGUGGUUGACGCGCUCGGCGAACUAUCCAAUUUCGUUGUGCCUCCACACCAGUCGGCCGUUUCGUGCAUCCACGUUUCUGGAGGCGGCAGUGGCGCAUCGGAGUCGCUGGAGAGAAGCGACUCUUAGUCUGCCCUAUUGGACAUAUCUCGAGCUCGGUGACGAUGCUAUCUCCUUUCCGGGCCUGCGAAAACUCGAGCUCUGGCCGAACGGGUCGACAUGGCAAGAUACAGACACCAUUAUCAACGUUUCCCAAGCACCGUCACUCGCCUCUGUGUCCCUCAACCAAGGUCACGGGCGAAGGUACUCUUUACCGUGGACACAACUCGCGAGUUUGCAUAUAUAUGGCUCCGCUACGCCGUCAUCCACCGUCGACUUGCUCCGCGCCUGUCCUGGUCUUCUUCAUCUCUCACACGAUUCCCCCAUAAUGGACGCGCAACUGGUUAUGGAGCAUCCUAAUCCAUAUAAACACGAGGUCUUGCGCUCUUUGGAGACAAAGAACGAAUGGCUGCUGCCGUAUCUUACCCUUCCCGCACUGAAGAGACUCGAUAUGCGGCCCGCUGGUGGUGUCGUAGAAAACAUUAGCACCGACGAGUUUCUUCCAGCCUUCCUCGCUCGUUCCGCCUGUCAACUGCGCUAUCUAUACCUGUCGGUCAACACGAUGGGCCAGAACGCGUUUGCGAAUAUCCUGAAUGCUACAAUGUCUGUGGAGCAUUUGCGACUGGCGUUCCCCAACCCUUUUUCUCAGUACAUCGCCAUGCUGGAGUCUGAACUUGUACUGCCCAAGUUGAGGUACCUCGAGGUCGAAGAUUGGAUGGGCGUUGGUGGUGAUCAUUAUCUUGGUGUAUUAAACCUUUUGAUUCGACGGGUGCCACAUCUGGAGGCGUGUAAACUGGCUUUAUAUCCAAGACGGUGGCACAUAGGGCCCUACAGCCCUCGGAGGCUGUCCGCAGAGGCUACGAAUGGUUUCGUGGCACUCGCUGAUGGUGGCUUGCUGUUGAGGGUGCUGACAAGUCAGCGGGUAGGAAGAGAAGGCGAGCCGAGACAAGUUGUACUGGUAGAUCGCUUUCCGGGCUGGCGCGAGGAUUUGUACACCGUAGACAUUGAGUCAUCGAAUUGCACGUGA